GGCAGCUGGCGACGACGGCGGAGACGAUUCCGACCCAUUUGGCGACUUCAUGCUGGGGCACGCCCACGUACUCGAUCAUCUCGGGUAGGUAUGGGAGGACCGACGUCAAGACGACUAUCAGAUCGACAGCUUAGCUGAAGGUACUACUAUACUGCACGGAGGAUAGAUAUAUAUAGUACUCCGUACCUGGCUCUGCGAAACGACAUAUUGACAGAAUCAGAAGCUGCUGCACAGGCAGCUUCGGCUCUCUAUGUACCGUCAUGACGUCUCCCAGUGAUACUCCACUGAGGAGGGCCACAGAGAAUCAAGUGGGGGGAAGGGAAGAGGAGGAAAGGGAGGAGGAAAGGGAGGAGGAAAAGGGAGGAGAAGGUGAGAGAGAAGGGGAGAAGAGGAGAAAAAGGAUGACGCCGAGUUCGAGUCUGGAAAGACGGAUUCAGGCAAGUGGGGAGGCGGUCAAAAAAACGAGUCACUCACAACCACCACAACAACAACCGAGGAGAAGAGAUGAAGACUACAGACAGAUUAUUAUGGAUUUAACAGACAGACAGAGACUAGAACUAGUCGAGUCGACUUGCCACGCGGAAGAGAUUUCCCGGUCAAUCGCAAGGAUAGCAGAUAGCAGAUAGCAGAUACUGAGCGGAUAGGCGAGUCGGAAUGACUCAACCUC